AUGGGACCAGCUGUGAACACAGUUGGCCAUGGACGCUGGUGUAGACCAGCCUGGCUUAUGGAUGAGGUCAGCUUUAUGCCGGCAUUGCAGCUACCAAGGAUAGAACGUUUGUUGACGACGAACUACUCCGCGGCCUUGCUCUCUGGAGCUGUAGCUGGUUCGACCACAGAGCUGAUCCUCUACCUGUUGGAUUGCUUGAAGUCCAGCAGCCUCGCUUGCCCAAAACUUGAACUGAAUGGAAGGCUAUGGCCUGCGUGGUCCUCCAAAAUGCGAGCUGCAGUGGUCACCAAUCGCAGCUGGGACUUUCAGUUUCACCUGGAGAAAGUGGCCGUGAUGGAUGUGGACAUUCCUACACCUGGAAAGGGCGAGGUGUUGGUGGAAGUUUAUGCCUCCAACAUCAACCCUGUGGACCAUAAGAUCGUCGAAAUGGCUGGUUGGAGCUGGACUUACCCACAUAAACUGGGCUAUGAUGUGGCUGGAGUUGUGAAAGCCUUGGGCUCCGGCUGCACGCGUUUGAAAGUGGGGGACGAAGUCUGGGGUGAGGCCACUUCGCUGAUGGAAGCACCGACAACGGCGGGGACGUAUGCUCAGUAUGCAGUGGUGUCUGAGUCAGUGCUUGGGCUCAAGCCGAAGACCAUGAGCAUGCUCGAAGCAGGCGCCAUGCCCAUGGUGGCGCUCACGGGGCUUGAGUCUCUGACCUUCGCAGCGCGUGGUGCUGGGCGUUUCCAAAGCCCAAACACAACGGUACUGGUGCUGGGCGGAAGUGGUGGCACCGGUCACAUGGGCAUCCAGUUGGCAAAGGACUACCACGAGCAAAACUACUACGAUGUCCUCUUGCCGAAGUCUGUAGAUGUGAUCUACGACUGUGUUGGGCAAACGGGCACAGGGGAUCAUGCUUUCAACAUCAUCAAGAGCCAUGGCAGCUUCGUGACGCUGUUACAAGGAGCAAAGGCCUCGAUUUCCACCAGACUUCAUCGGCCGGAUGUUCGGGAAUACGCUCCCACCUGCGUCGCCUCUUUGGUGGAACAAGGCAAACUGAAAGUCAAUAUCGACCAAGUGUUUGGCUUGGAAGAUAUCGUUAAAGCUUUCAAUCAAUCGCUUUCUGGACACUCCACUGGAAAAGUGGCCUUGCAGAUCUUCGGCAAUGCGACGCGAAAGCAAAGCAGCUGUGCUCCUCCGAAAGCGCUUCAGUUGUAUCGAGGCUGUGGCAUUGCGCUAGCAGGUGCUGCAACAGCUUCCGCCGUCUUCUUCGUGACUUACGAGUUCAUGAAGAAGCGAUUGCUGGUGGAGGCCGCUUCAAGCCACAGCCAACUCAGUCGCAUUCAGUUCACUUGCAGUGUCAUUGGAGCUUCCGUUGUGGGGGAAGUGGCAGCAUCUGUGGUGAGGGUGCCCAUUGACUUGAUGAAGCAGCGGCUGCAAACGGGCUGCCACUGCCUCGCUUUGCCGAUGAGUAGCUCCAUUGUGUUGGCGUCGUUUCAGGCAACUGCACUGCGGGACAUGUGCCAGAGCAGUCUUCAAUAUCCACUCUAUGAGUGUUUCAAGAUUGUAGCCAGCAACUGGGUAUCAGAGGGUGAUGUGAACCAUCUUCCAGUGGGGGUGGCCGCAGUAUGUGGCAGUGCUGCGGGGCUGAUCUCCGCUACGUUCACAACACCCUUUGACCUCAUCAAGACCCGCGUGAAUUUGAGGAAAUCUCUCAGGGAUGUGGAGCGCAACAAGAUGCAGGAGCUGAUCUUCGAAGAAGUGGCCCGAGUCUACAGAUCGGAUGGCUUACGUGGAUUCUUCGUUGGAGCUGGAUUUCGGGCUGCUUGGAUGUCACUGGGAGGAUUUGUGUUUCUUGGAUCUUUCGAGCUGACCAAGAGCAGAUUAGACUCACUGCGCUCGUGAGGCAAGAGCAAUUCUUGGAGCUGCAGUUGCCAAGCGAGCGCCGUGCAUGAUGCACAAAAUCCUUAGAGCUUUCGAAGAUCUGCAGAUUCAGAGG